AUGUCUUUCCAAUCAUUGUUCCGUGCUGCUUCCAAGUCCAACUUGAGAAAUGUCCAAGUUAGAGGGUUGAAAACUUUCGACUUCUCCAAGCAACCACGUCUCAGAAUCUUUGGUAAGGCCCCAAACUUUAAGGCUGCCACCACCCAGGGGGACAUUGACUUCCACGAAUACAUUAAAGGCUCCUGGGCCGUGUUGUUCUCCCAUCCAAAGGACUUCACUCCAGUCUGUACCACCGAAUUGGGGGCGUUUUCUGGUUUGAAGCCGGAAUUCGACAAGAGAAAUGUCAAGUUGAUUGGUCUUUCUGCCCAAGAUAUUGACAACCACAACACCUGGGUUAAAGAUAUUGAAGAAGUCGCUACUCCUGGUAAUGCCAAAUUCUCCUUCCCUAUCAUUGCCGACACCGACAGAGAAGUUGCUUUCCUUUACGAUAUGGUCGACGAAGAAGGUUUCAAGAACUUGAACAAUGGGGUUGUUCAAACUAUCAGAUCGGUGUUUGUUAUUGACCCAGAACAAAAGAUCAGAUUGAUCAUGACUUAUCCAGCCAGUGUUGGCAGAAACUCCAGCGAAGUCUUGAGAGUCGUUGAUGCUUUGCAAACCGGUGACAAUAACGGAGUUGUCACUCCAAUCAACUGGAUCCCAGGCCAAGAUGUCAUCAUUCCACCAACCGUGAGUGAUGAAGCUGCUAAGGAAAAGUUUGGUGAUUUCAAGAAGGUCAAGCCAUAUUUGCGUUUUACUAGCUUGAAAUGA